CUGAAGCUGACCAUAAUGAAUCUCUUCUGCUUUUCACUGGAGGGCUCUAUGGACAGCUUGUAUGAGCCAGUCCCAGAGCAACAAACUAACCAAGAAAGUGCCUCUGGUAGAGCUGCUCCUCUCUCAUGCUUUGAGGAGAGUGGAAAAACCCGCAGCAAUCUCUUCAUGGAAGUUUCUAAUUUUGAGAAAGCAAAACCAAAAAGAAAGUCAAUCCAGAGAUCUAUGUCUGAAAACAAAGUAUUUGAAGGAAAAACUGUGAAUGACACACUCUGGCAGGAGCCCAGCAAGCCUGAGAAUGAUUCCCACAUCAGAAGACUCUGUCAGCUAAAAGAUGUAAGUGAAGAUGAUGAUUUUCUUCUGAGUAAUAACAUACAAACUCUUCAAGGAAAGAGACUACAGGGCAUUUCCCACCAGGCAAUAAGACCAGGUGGUGACCCAGUGGAAUCCAUGGGGACAUUAAAGAGACUACAGAAACUGGUUUGGACCAAGAAAGCCAGGGUGCCGAGUCUGGAUGAGACGAAACCCACGUUAAUAAAUCUCCAAGAUGAAGAUGAAACAUUGAUUUCCUGUAUGAAAUUAGCCAAAUCUCAAGAAAGGAAAGUUAAUAAUGUUGGCACAAGGAGGAAGGAAGAAGUGGAGAUUAGAUUAGAUUCUAUUUCUGCAUCACUGGUUAGAUCUAGCACUUCAGCUGGAUGCAGCUUGGCAGAAAUGUUAUCCUAUAAUGAAGGUGAAAUUCCGAUGUGGAACAGCUGGAAGCCUUUUCCAGAAAACCCGCUCUGGACAUGUGUUGAUUUCCAAAUUGCCCAAGUUGCCCCCUGGGACAACUGUUUCCGCUGCACUCACCACCCACGUCUCAAGUCUUCUGGUACAGAUAUGGAUCUCCCACAUUCGUGGCGCAGCAGCAGUUUUGGGAAUUUUGAUCGUUUUCGGAAUAAUACUGUAUCAAAACCAGAGGAUUCAGCUGAGGUAUAUGAAGGGGAAGCCAUAUGUGAAAGUGGAGAACAAAAUAAAACUUCAAAUAAUGGAGGAAGUUUAGGUAAAAAAAUGAGAGCUAUUUCCUGGACAAUGAAGAGAAGAGUGGCUAAAAAGUACAUCAAAGCCCUUUCUGAGGAAAAGGGUGAGGAAGAUGGAGAGGAUGUCCUCCCAUAUCGGAACAGUGACCCUGUGAUUGGGACCCACGCAGAGAUCUCCCUCAAAACCAGUGACUCCAUGGACAGCCUCUAUAGUGGGCAGAGCUCAUCAAGUGGAAUUACAAGCUGUUCAGAUGGUACAAGUAACCGGGACAGCUUUCGACUCGAUGAUGAUGGCCCCUACUCUGGACCAUUCUGCGGCCGUGCCAGAGUGCAUACUGAUUUCACACCAAGCCCCUAUGACACUGACUCCCUCAAAAUCAAGAAAGGAGACAUCAUAGACAUUAUCUGCAAAACGCCAAUGGGGAUGUGGACAGGAAUGUUGAACAAUAAGGUGGGAAACUUCAAAUUUAUUUAUGUGGAUGUCAUCUCGGAAGAGGAAGCAGCCCCCAAGAAAAUAAAGGCACAUCGAAGAAGUGAAAGGGAAAAAUCCAAGACUCUGCAGGAGUUCCUAGAGAGGAUUCAGCUUCAGGAAUACGCCUCAACACUUUUGCUCAACGGUUAUGAGACUGUAGAAGAUUUAAAGGAUAUAACAGAGAGUCAUCUCAUUGAGUUAAACAUUAAAAACCCAGAAGACAGGAUGAGGUUACUAUCAGCUGCUGAAAAUCUCCUUGAUGAAGAAACUAUUCAGGAAGAAGAAGAUGAAUCUGUGCCCCUAACCUUAAGACCAGACAUCUCCUUAAAUAAGUCACAGUUAGAUGACUGCCCAAGGGACUCUGGUUGCUAUAUCUCUUCAGAAAAUUCAGAUAAUGGCAAAGAAGAUCCGGAGUCUGAAAAUCUGUCUGACAUGGUACAGAAGAUUACUAUCACAGAGCCGAGUGACUGAACACACGUUCUCAACUCUAUAUUUGCAGAAGCAUUCCAUUUGAACUCUUCUUGAGCUAAAAGAUGAAAUAGGAGAAGAAAAGUAUUUGUAGAUACAACCUAAAGUUAAAAUGUCUCAAUCUGAAUGUACAUAAAAGUUCAUAUCUCUAGCAUUCUCAGUUAUUGUAAAUAAUAUGCAUAUUUAUUACUUUAAAUGCUACAUGUUAAUAUAGCACUUGCCUGUAUUAGAAAAAGUAUAUAUAAGUCUUUGUUAUGUCACAUAAGCUUUAUUUGGCUUUCUUUUACAAGUGCAAAAUGAUAAAUUCCGCAGAAAAAAAAAACCCCUACUUUUUCUAUAACCACGAGUUUUGCAUUUGUGCAUAUUAUUGAGUGAAUAGUAAUGGAGCAUGUGUUUGUUUCCCCACUUGUCCAAGCAGCACUUAUUCUCAUUCUGAUACUUACUGGAAAAGUGUGAGUUAAUAUUAGAGACACGUUAUCCUGA